AGAAAAACAAAACCAAAAAAACCCCCCAAAACUGGUCUCCAGUGACAUGUGACCCGCCUGGUCUGCAGGGUCUUGGAGCUUGGGACCCCACCCUAGCAUAAGGGGCUUUUCUUUGCCUAGUAUGAAGGGGAGAGAGGAAGGGAGAAGUGAAUGCUGUUUUCUGAGAGAGAAGAUUAGAGCUAUAUUGUCUUUAAAGCUGUAUGAAUGAAAUCAAUUAAAAAACCAGACAGGAUUUAACUGCUUUGACCCCAAAUAAACAGCCCUCCCCCCUUACCAAGAUCAAAUCAGCACUAGUCACCACUUCCUAUUUACCAAAUAUUAAUGUUGGUAAAUAAAGAUGCUUCCUAUUAAUUAGGAAGUCUCAUAAUGUAGGCUGACAUCGUUCCAGGAGCACCCAGCAGCCGCUACAGUCCUUUUCCCUUUCAAAUGUCACACUUUCCCAGCUUUCUUUCUAAAAGUCGCUAUCACAGGCCUACAUCAGAAAACUGUCCAAGCCGCCCGAUUGGAAGCUCUUGGUCUACUUUGCCUGAAAGCAAUGAAUGGGUGGGUGCGUGGGUCUCAGUGAUAUCGAGGUCUUCGGGCAGAAACGGCACCUUAGGAGAUGUGAGCCUAGCAGCAUUGUUAACACCCCGAGUUACAAGUCCAACUUGGGUAGGUGUCAGAAAGAAAUCUAAAACCCGGAUUCACGUUCUCCUUCAGUUUGCGUGUGGGGAUUGGUGGCCAACAGACGCCCAGGCACAACUGCCAAUCCCGGUUGCAAACUCUCUGGGCCAGAGGGUGGAGGGGAGCAGAAAUUGCCUUUCCAGGGUUCGCAGAAGGAAUAUCUGCCCUAAUGUAGAUUAAUUUCCCCGAGGUUGCCUUCCCUGGGGCGGAGGGGCGUUCCCGGGCCCACCCAAGGGUUGUUUGGUAAAUAAAGAUGCUGGCGGAGUACCUGCCCCGGGAAAGGCGCUCCUGAAUGUUCUGGCCCUGGGCUUGGGGUUUCUUGAGUGAAGGACCAAGUGACCUGGAGGUUGAAGGUUCUCGCCCCAGGGAUGCUGGAAGGACUGCCCUUUACCCUGCGCCUGGCCCUGGCUGGGGGCCCCUGGCGGUGGCGGCCGGCUCCGAGCGGUCGAUGCGCUGGGGUUUGGCCGCGCCGCGGGCUUUCGCGUCCAGCCGGGCGCUGCGUGCCGCCGCGGCUCUCCGCAGCCGCGCGCUCGGAGAGCCUUUCCAUGGCCAGCCCGCGCCCUGUCGCCUCCGCCGCCGCGGCAGUCUUCGCCCGCCAGGACUGCAAUAACGGAUGCUCCGCAGAAUAUACGGAAGAAGGAGGAUCAAAAGAGGUGGUGGACACUUUUAAGGCUAAAGAUCUAAUAAUUACACCAGCCACUGUUUUAAAAGAAAAACCAGACCCCGAUACUCUGGUUUUUGGAACUGUUUUUACGGAUCACAUGCUGACUGUGGAGUGGUCCUCAGAGUCUGGAUGGGAGAAACCACAUAUCAAGCCUCUUCAAAACCUGUCCUUGCAUCCAGGUUCGUCGGCUUUCCACUAUGCAGUGGAAUUAUUUGAAGGAUUGAAGGCCUUUCGGGGAGUAGAUAAUAAAAUUCGGUUGUUUCGGCCAAAACUCAACAUGGAUAGAAUGUACCGAUCUGCUAUGAGGGCAACUCUGCCGGCAUUUGACAAGGAAGAGCUUUUAGAGUGUAUUCAACAGCUUGUGAAAUUGGAUCAAGAAUGGGUCCCCUAUUCAACAUCUGCAAGUCUCUAUAUUCGUCCUACGUUCAUUGGAACUGAGCCUUCCCUGGGAGUCAAGAAGCCUACGAAAGCCCUGAUCUUUGUAAUCUUGAGCCCAGUGGGACCUUAUUUUUCAAGUGGAAGCUUUAAUCCAGUGUCCCUGUGGGCCAAUCCGAAGUAUGUCAGAGCCUGGAAAGGUGGGACUGGGGACUGCAAGAUGGGAGGGAAUUAUGGCUCAUCGCUUUUUGCUCAAUGUGAAGCAAUCGAGAAUGCAUGCCAGCAGGUUCUGUGGCUCUAUGGAGAGGAUAAUCAGAUAACUGAAGUUGGAACUAUGAAUCUUUUUCUUUACUGGAUAAAUGAAAAUGGAGAGGAAGAGCUGGCAACUCCCCCGCUAGAUGGCAUCAUUCUUCCAGGAGUGACGAGGCAGAGCAUUCUGGACCUGGCACACAACUGGGGUGAAUUUAAGGUGUCAGAGAGGUACCUCACCAUGGACGACUUGACCACCGCCUUGGAGGAGAGCCGGGUGAGGGAGAUGUUCGGUUCGGGUACCGCCUGCGUUGUUUGCCCAGUUUCGAAAAUACUGUACAAGGGUGAGACUAUACACAUUCCAACUAUGGAGAAUGGUCCUAAGCUUGCCAGCCGUAUCUUGGAAAAACUGACUGAUAUUCAGUAUGGAAGAGAAGAGAGCGACUGGACAAUCCUAGUGUCCUGAGUGGAAAAUAACAGGACAUCAUCUGUGUGCUAUUGGGACAGACUGUUGCAUUUGAAUUAUGAGAAACUUCUUCAGCGACUUGUUUUUAGUUGUGCACAAUGUGGUUUGUAUUAUCAGUGUCACCAGGGUGAUUGUUUCCUCCUGCCAGAGAAAACAAAUUACAAUCAUCCAAUGGUACUUUACCAACUGGCUCGUAGAAGCUUACCUUACCUUCUCUAGAAAGAUGAUUAUGUAAGCCAUAUAAGCAUAGACUUUUCCUCCAUAUUCUUAGUGCCUCCUUUAGUACCUCACUCAGAUUAAAAAAUAAAAUGGUUAUUCUUUAGCAUAGAUAUUCUGCUCCUCAACCAAAUGAAGUUUGUGUUAGAAAACUGAGCUGAGUAAAUUUCAUAGGUAACAUCUCCUGCAACACAUCUUUAUCCUCAGAAAGUUUUUUGUUACUGUUGUUUUGGUUAUUUUAUUUCUUUUUAGGGCUGCACUUUCAGUGUGUGGAAGUUCCCAGGCUAGGGGUCUAAUUGGAGCUGCAGCUGCCAGCCACAGCCACAGCCACAGACAUGUGGGAUCUGAGCCUUGUCUGUGACCUGCACCACUGUUCACAGCAAAGCUGGAUCCUUAACCCACUGAUCGGGGCCAGGAUUUGAACCCAUGUCCUCAUGGUUACUAGUUGGGUUCGUUACUGCUGAGCCACAGUGGGAACUCCUGGUUUGUUUUUUUUUAAAUCAAGACUUUGAGAACCUGGAUUUCUUCUCCUUACAUUUUUUUCCAGGCCCCUUAUGUCCAUUUUAGGGAAAAUCUCCCUUCCUGAUGUCAUAGUCUGUGCCAAGCUCUUCUGGGGCAUCAGCAAGCCCCACCACUGCCCUCUGCACAUUGCGUUAUAAUUGGCUGCUAGGCUUCCCUACAAGAUUGAGGGUCUUGUGCCUUAUAGAUCUUUGUAUCUCCCUGCCUGGCACAUAAUAAGGAAUGAAUGAGCAUUUACCUUCUCGAGAAGUGUACCUUCUUUGUUUCUAUAUUGUGUGACCUCUUUAUUAGAAUGUUUGUUUUCUUCUGACUUUCUAUUUACCUCAUAUCGUCUUUAUUUUCCAUAGGCUGCUAAAAGUCAUUAGAGAUAGUGACUAAUGGUAGUCAUAGUUUGUUGGAGGAAUUAUUUCUUAUUUGAAGACUGUCUGGGAUUGAAAUAGCUCUUGAGAGGUUAUGAUAUUGUACCCACCAAAUGGAAAUGACAUAUGUUAAGUGUUAAAUACAAAAUAAAUUAUAUUUAGUUUUUUGGUAGACAGCAACAAAGUAUAGACUCUGGUUUUUAUGCUGUGAUUUUAUAGGUGCUCAUUUCUGCUGAAUGGUUAGGGUACAGGGAGAAAAAUGAUAGGUGAUAUUUUCCUUGUUUAGGAGCUGUGAGUUAAAAUUGUAUCCUGGUUUAUCUAGGGGAAAGUCAAAUCUUGAUAGAAAACAUUUACCCUUGAAAGGUCAACGCUCAGACAUUAUGUUUUGGUUUCCUUCAGUCUUAGUAACUUUCAUCUUGCUGAUCAUAUUUCAUUCUCUUUUCAGAGCAAGGAAAAAAAUUCUAAAAGUUUGACAUGCUGGAAAAAUUUUCCUUCAGGCAUUUAGCAGCACAUAGCAAAUGGGGCUUUGAUUCUUUUCCAAGACUUUUGGCCAUAGGGUCUUUUUAGAUAGGAAUGGUAAAAUGAAAAUGAGGGAAGUACAAGAUGAAAAGGAAUGGUAAAAAUAUCUUUUAGGGGGCUUUUAAUUGGUGAUCUGAUGUGUUGGGAGAGUCUGUUCUUUUCAGGACUGAAAAUCUUUCACUGUGCUCUACACACCUUUGUUCACCAAGUAGCAUUCUCAAUGCGAUGCCUUGGCUAAAUCCUGGGACCUUACUUUCAGUACUGUAGUCUAGAAAAGACCUAAGGUAAUUCUGACCUGUCCAGCAGCACAUAAUAACCAGACUCAGCAUUCCUGUGAGAAAUGGAAAUCAUUUUUUUUGCCAUAAAUACAUUUUAUCCUUUGCAUCUCUAAAUUUAGUAUGGUGAGACGUGUUCCUUAUGAAAGGUGGAGAACAAUAGGUCCUGACAUGGUGUUCAUGUGAUUUCUUUCAUCAAACCUUAGCAUUUUAAGCCCUUCCUACCUGACUUAGUGAAGACGAAGGAUAUACAUUUAAAGAAACUGAAGGUCUUCUAAAACAGCAUACAAUCUGCCAUUCUCCUUUAAGUAAUAAGACAGGAAAUUGACCUUGACACUAACUUGUUAAAUAGAUUUAAAAGGAACAUCUGCACAUCUUUUUUCCUUGUGCACUAUUUGUUUAAUUGCAGUGAAUUAAUACAGCAAGAGUGACACAUUAUAACUAGGCAAUUAUCCAUUCUUCAAGACUUAGUUAUCGUAACACUAAUUGAUCAUUUAAGGCGUAAGAUAGUCUAGCAUUAGGAACAUGUGAGGCUAAUCUGCUCAAAAAGAUCAACAAAUUAAUAUUGUUGCUGAUAUUUGCAUAAUUGGCUGCAAUUAUUUAAUGUUUAAUUGGGUUGAUCAAAUGAGAUUCAGCAAUUCACAUGUGCAUGAAUAUAAACAGAACUGGUGGCACUUAAAAUGAUAAUGAUUAACUUAUUUUGCAUGUUCUCUUCCUCCCACUUUUUUUUUUUUUUUCCAGUUUUUACAUUUCAGACCAAGUUUGUCAGCCUUUUUCAAAACACAUCAGUAGAAACCAAGAUUUUCAAACGAAGCAUUCAGGCAUUAGACAAAACCUGAGCAUUUCACAAAGAUAUUUCCUAAAGCUGUUUGCUAGUAGAAAUUUUCUUUGUGACAGUCAUUUAUCCAGGAUUAACUCACAAUACACCAAAAGGUCCAUUUCAGGGCUGUGUACUGUGCUCACUACACUUGCAGUUGACAGGAAUGACUCAACUAGUAAUAACCUGUUUUAACCUUUGCUUGCAAAAGUGCAAGGAAGAGGAACAGAGUCAAACAAUGAAUGACUGAGAAACCUUUUUAGGGAAUCCCCUUUUUUUCUACCUGGUCAAACCCCCCCCCCCUUUUUUUUGUAAUGACUACAUAUGAAAAAUACCUAAGUCCCUGGGCCAGGAAUUGAAUCCAAGCCACAGCUGCAACCUACUCCACAGCUAUAGCAACACCAGAUACUUUAACCCACUGCUGGGCCAGGGAUCGUAUCCACGCCUCAGCAGCAAUCUGAGGAGCCACUGUGCCACAGCAGGAACUCCAGAUACUCUCUAUUCUUUUCUCAAAAGAUUGUCACCAGAAUAAAAAAGAUCAGAGGUAACAGCAAGACAGUGCAGUGUUAAACUGACUAUAUGACUUGGCAGUGUCAGCCAUCCUGAAGAUGUGGGAAGCUUACAUGAUGUACCCUGGGUGGUAAUUCCUCAUCACAUCAGUUUUGUUUCUUGGUGUAAUUGUAGCCAAAGUAGUGGUCUAGUGUUCCUCAAAUCGGAGUACAUUUGGGGACUUGAAGGAAAUGAAUGAGUUUAUCUUGAUCAAAAGACUCAUAGGAACCUUUUAUUAAAGCUGCAGUUUCAGCUCUGCUUUAUGGAGUUUGCUAUAAAAUUAUAGCUGCUUAUGCUUAUUUUCCCCAGUCUCACUUGGUGCUCAAUCACUGUAUUCCUUUUCUUUAAAACUUUCAUUUUUGAAAUUAUGUGUUUGGUUUACCCUUAUGAUUGGGAAAAAAAAUCUAUUUUAAGCAGAAAACAGCAUUCAUUCACUUUCAAUGAAUGAUAUUUUCUAGACUAUUUAGAGCAAUAAAUAUUCCUGCGAUGCACUAAAGCUUAGACGGGGUUAGAGAAACAUUUUAACAAGGAUUCCUGAUUUCAUGUCCUGAUUCUAAAUAUGAUCAAAGAAUUAUUCCUUGUAUUGUGGAUUUCUUCUGUGGAUGUGGGAAAACUUUUUAAGUUAUAAAAAGCAAUCCUGAGAAGUAAUUUUAAUAGAUACCUUAUAACACCUAUCACAUUGUCUUGCCACUAGUAGAAUUUGUUCACCUGUCUUUUCCAGAUAUCUCCUAAAAGGAGGCAAGGAAUAUUACCCUUUCAAUAAGUAUGAUUUAGUAAUUGACAAAGAUCAGAGCGAUUAUAAUUAACUCAGUCAACUUGAUAAAUGUUGAUCAAGUAACCCACAGAUCUGUGUCUCACGUAACUCACAGUAGGGAUUAGGAAGUUAGUGUUAAAAGUAAGUAGUAUGUAGACAUCACCCUCCUGGAGUUUAUACUCUCCUAGUGAAACCAAGUUUAGGUAUAAAAGUAGUAUUUAAUACAGUUAGGUCAUAAGGAGACAAAGGUUAGAGCACAUCUCUCAUCAAAAAAUCACAAUGAACAUUCUCAUCUCAUUUUUGAAAGAAAGGUGUCCUUUUUUCAAUUCCUUUCUUUCCUCUUGUGCAAAGCUACUCAGUAGAUUAGGGUUAUUGGUGUGGAUUACCUCCUGGUUUACUUCUUACUGCCAACCUGUUAUGUUUAUUAACUGCAUUCUUGUGGAACAAUGUGAAGUUGUCCUGGUACAUCUAACAAAAGAACAUCUCAAAUUACAGCAUCCUUGCUGAUCUUCUCAAAGUCUGGUAUUAUUGAAAUAAACAAAGAAAAUGUUCCUAGAGUGAGUUUUUCUGGAAAAUGUCUAUUAUGAAUCACAAACUGUUUAGACUGUUAGCUUGAAAAUGAUGGGAUACAGCUACACAGAAAAAAGCAGGUGGAGGAGAGUUUUUCACAGUUUGAGUUUUUUAAAAGAAAGGCCAUUGAAAGUAUUGCAAAGAGAUUCUUUAUCAUUGCCAGAAAGCUCUUUUAAAAAUACAAAGGUAGAGGAAAUUGAUUUAUUUUUCAUCUUCACCAUACGUACCAUAGUAAGACAUCUCAGAUAUUAAUUUCAGGAGUUGAUAAAGAAACAUAUCAAUAGGAUAUAAAAGUGUUUGUUGAUAAGUCUCUGGGAUUAGAUAUAUGUGAACAUAUUUGCCCUAGUGCAAUGAUAAAGGCAUGAAAUCCAGUCUUAGAAAAUGAAGUGGGCUUUAAAAUCUGCUAGAGACAAAUAUUGAAGCUUUAAAUAAUCACUGUAUACUUUUUGUCUGAAAGUAUAUUUUUCGUACCACAAUAGGCAUGAUUAAUAAGGCCUAACGCUUGUGUGGCAUAAUGUGGAAUCCAUUCUUGGGAUGGUAAAAAUUAUGAGCUAUGAUAUGGGAGUGAAUUAAAAUGUAUUUUCAUUGACAAAUUUCUCUACCUAUCCACUAGCACAGUGGCUUGGUUCCUUGUCACCCAAUUGAGUGGAGAAGAUUUUAAUUAGAAAAGACGUCAGAGGAAGAACAACUGGUAAUAGGGAAAGGAAGGAAAAAAUUCAACCUUGCUUCUGUGUUGUUCAUGGGAGUGUUUUUUUCUCCUUAUUCUGCCAUCCAUAGAGAUCUUCAGCUUUCAACAGAGGCGCCAAGUCCAAAUUAUGCCAAUUAGGACGUGACUAGAUAUGGUGGCCCACUCAUCAGAUAUUAGGAUUCAGACAUGAUUGAGAUAAGGAUCUGACAGUCAUGUUACAUGGAAACCACUUUAGAUUGCUACCAGUUUGGUUAAGACUUUAAUAAUUGCAUGGUCUAUAAGAUCUAUUAUGUCAUUUCUUUAACAUUUUUAAAGUGUAGGGAGCUUCUUGAGGCUGAAGAAAAGAAGGAAGUGGCAAAGAGUAGAUUGUGAUUGCUUUUUGUUCUUGGAAAUGCUAUUUCCCACCCUCCCCCUGUCCUUGGCGAAGGUUAGCAGAUUUGGAAAUUGAACAUUGUCAUUUCGUUUUUAACUAAAAUGUGCAACAACAUGUUGCAGUUUCCUCAAGCUGAUUUCGCAGUGGUCAUCAAAGUCAUUCUCAGGGCAAGAAAAGGAUGUACAUAAGCUGCCUCAGUUUCUGCUUCAUUGCUAAGUUUUUGAAGAGUGUUGGAAUGCUCUCAAGAGUAUGGCUGUAAGGAGAUUUUGAAUGAAGUCUUAAAGAUAAGCGAGCUAAUCUGUAUGCAUCUAGAAAUUCUGCAGCUGUAAGGAGAUUUUGAAUGAAGUCUUAAAGAUAAGCGAGCUAAUCUAUAUGCAUCUAGAAAUUCUGUAGCUGAUCCCUCAUGAUAUACGGUAGUGAAAGAUCCAGCAAUUUACCUAAUUAGCCAAUGCAUGGAGCCAAACCCCACCAUUCUGAAGAAUGUGUGCUUACUUGAUAUGGUAGCAGAGAGAAAACAAGUAGUUUGAGGAAGUAAUUUUUUUUUUUUUUAAUGUAUUUUUUCGGCCACUCCUGCACCAUGCAGAAGUUCAAAGGCCAGGGAUCAAACCCUCACCACAUCAGUGACAGCAUUGCAUCCUUAACCCAAUAGGCCAUCAGGGAACUCCCAAGGAAGUAGGUUUUAAAUCAGAGUUUAUAAACAGCAAUGGGAGGGAUUCAGCUUAACUAUGGAAUUUUUAGACUGUGUUCCCUUGCAUUUAAGUCAGAUUGUAAUGAAAAAGCCCCAGCCAUUGCUUAUGUCAAAUUUCUCCAGUUGUGUAGUGAUUCUUGAAAUCAUCAUUAAGAAUAAUCAAGCAGAAAGAAAGAAACACUUUGUAUUAAAGCAGGCUUGGCUUUCAUGAAAAAUUAAUUGUUCAAAGGUUAAUGUUAAGGAUUCAAGCUCACUGAAAGUGUAAUAUUGGAAAUGUGGAAAGUAUGGUGGGUAAAGGAAACUACCUCAUUCUUUGAAGGUUCUAUAGAAGCACAAUUAAGCAUUCUAAAAUGGCUUUGUUACACAUGAACCAUCUGUGUGAAAGAACUCUAUAUUUGUAAUGUCUAAAGGACUUGGAAUAGUUGUAUUUUGCUGGCAAUAGACACGUGCUUUAUUGUUUGCAGGUUCCUCAUCAAAUCUUUAAUUAUACACUGUUUCUGUCAUCAAUAAAACAAUUUAAAGGA